AUGGAGAUUCCCCAGACCCAGAUAGCCGCAGCCCUCCCAUCAACCGGAGCAUCUCCGGACGUCAAGAUCGAGAUUCGCUCAGACUAUCCGGUUCCGUCUCCUGCAGAGGGAGAGGUGUUGGUCAAACUGGAAUUUUCCGGGGUGUGUCAUUCGGAUGUCCACAGUGUCCGCGGGGAAACCCCCAUGUUGACUGAUGUGGCGGGUCAUGAGGGGGUGGGCAGAGUCGUCAAAGUGGGGAGUGGUAUCGACGAGGAGGAUUGGCUUGGCAAGAGAGUGGGCAUCCGAUGGCUCUACAGCUCUUGCUUGGAUUGUGAGAUUUGUGCCGUCAACAACACGGCAUGUCCCAAUCAGAAAAACGCCGGUGCAAAUGUCCCCGGUACUUUUCAACAAUAUAUUGUCAGCCCUGCCAUCCAUGUCACCAAGAUUCCUUCCGAAUUAGCACCGGAUGUGGCAGCACCGCUGUUAUGUGCCGGCAUUGCGAUGUACUCAUCUAUCAUGAAAACGAAGACCCGUCCUGGGGAUUGGAUCGUUCUGCCCGGAGCCGGUGGAGGCCUGGGACAUAUGGGCAUUCAGAUUGCCGUCAAGAAAGGACUAAAGGUCAUUGCCAUUGAUAGCGGCGAGAAGAAGAAGCAGCUGUGCCUAUCCCUUGGGGCUACGCGCUUCUUCGACUACAAGGUUGACGAUAUCGAGAAUGGCGUCAAGGAGCUUACCUCGGGAUUGGGUGCCCACGCUGUCAUUUGCACAGCUAACAGCGAACCAGCGUACACGCAAAGUGAGAGCGAUAUGUGGACCUCGGUCUCAGAGCACCAGAGUUCUAAAAUUCACGCAGGUUUGACAAUUGUGGGUAAUUCGGCCGGCACCGCGAAAGAGAUGGACGAAUUGAUGGAAAUGGCGGUGGCCGGGGAUGUGACGGCACAUAUUGAGUGCUUUGACUUUAACAGCAUUGAGGAUGUACUGCAGCGACUUGGACGAUCUGAGAUUGAUGGACGGGCUGUUGUGAAGAUCCCCGAAUGA